AUGAAAUUUUCCAAUGCGGUGUCGAUUUCAAUUCUCUUCGGACUUUCAUCACCUCUGCCGUCUGACCCCUUCCAUCCUCCUCCCAUCACUAAUUUUGACUACAUAGGUAGCCUUCCAGCUGCCAAUGUAUCGGUGGAGGAAAAUCUCUGGGCCGGGGCCAUUAUUGAUAAAGAACCGUUUUACUGGGUGGGUGCCAAACUCAGAGUUCCUGCUGCAAAGGUCCCGUUAGGUGGCAAUGCUAGCCUUGCAAACUGCUUUACUAUGUGGACUGGGGUUGGCGGCGACUGUAACACGAUGCUACAAGUAGGACUUACUGCAUGUAUUAAAGAUGGGAAACCUAUCUAUCGUACAUGGACUUCCGUAAACCCCGGUCCGGUAUAUAAACUUGUUGAUAUCAAGGAGGGUGACGAAAUUACAAUGGGGGCAAUAACAGUAGGUGACUUCGUGUCUGUCGAAAUCGACAAUCUGACUACUGGCAAAAACGGAAGCUACCACCAUUAUGAAGGCGUGUUGUGUCGACAUAAGGCGUUGUGGAUGGUACAGCCUUACUCGGCUGUUGGGUGCGCCCUUGCAGACUUUAGCACAGUUGCAUUCACGGAUACGUUUGCAGAAGCUGCUGGGGACAACAAGAUAUACACUAUAUCAAAUGCUACUUUGUUUGAAAUUAAGGAGGAUAAUGAGCAAGUUACCAAAACCAGUAAUACCGACACCGUCGUCGUUGUUGAAUACACCGGAUGA